AUGGCUUCCUCUUCUGUGGGCUCAGAUGUCUUUGCGCUCCUGGCGCUGUUGACCAUAUCAAUCGCCGUCUUGUUCCUCCUACGACACUAUCUACCCCUGCGAACGACUCCGGCCUUCCUCCUUGUUCCCAUCUUCUUGGCCCUCGUCCUCCCCGCGAGCGCUCUCCUUCUGGUUCCGAUGGAUCUUGCCUCAAGCGCCCGAGGGAGCAAUCAUGGAGGCAAGGGGAUCUGGUUGCCACAAAGAGCCGUGCUGGUAUCUUGGAGAAUUGUAUACUGGUUGACAUUUGUUCUAACAUGGGUGGUCCUCCCUUUGUUGGGAGAAUAUAUGGAUGCGGGAUAUCGUGACCCCAAAUCGCGCAUGAUUUAUUCGCUGCGCUCUAACGGUCAGUAUCAGCUCAUCGUGCUCGCCUGCGCUAUUGUGGGCUUGGUCUACAUGAUCUUUUCCUAUGGCUUUGACUUCACGGCUAUCAGGGCAUUGGUCAUGGCAUUGGCUUAUGUCUGGGGUUUGGUUCUCGCGAUCUAUCUCAUGGGGCACGGACUUGUUGCCAUACCGAGGAGAAUGUUCCGACAAGCAGACAUAAGCGGCAGUCUCCGACGCGUACAAGGCCAGGCGCCAAGGGUGCAUGACAAGCUGGAAGAUGCCAUUGCCGAUUUGGAUGAAUUGGAAGCCCAAGUGAUGCAACUCAGGCAACGCAAAACUGGAACUGCUCGUGACUUUCAAGAAUGGAUUGACGAAUUGGUGGACAUGAUCAGCCAACCCGCGAGUCGUGAUUUCGCAACUCCUGUCACCAUGGGCACUUUGGCCGAAGUUCCAGCAGUCAUCACUGAAAGAUAUCUGGCAGACCUCACCCGACGAUUGGUUCGGGCCCGGCACCGACGAGCGAGGUAUCUCCGUGAAUGGGACACCGUCGUACAAACAGCUACGGACCUGCAAGCUAUUCUCGACUCCAAAGCCUCCAAGAAAUUGGACUUCGGUCGAUCAUCGGCCCCCUCCGGUCAAUGGUCUCUCAUUACACCAUCCAUGCGGUAUCAUCUCUAUGUGCACGUUAUUCCCGCGCUCCGGAUCGCCCUGGGUGCCGUUCUCGCGGUCGCCUCGGGGGCGGUUAUCUGGUCUGAGAUUAUCAAAUUCCCUGCCCCUCAACUAUCCGCCGUCAGUCUUACGGUCAUUCACCACCCGAGCGAUAUGAAUUAUCAAAUCGGCUUUGGCGGUCAGCUCGCGGCUUCCAUGUGGGUCACAUACAUGUGCGUCUGCGCUUUGAGCAGUGUCAACGACGUCCCGACAUGGAAUCAAAGAGCACUCGUCAAAAGGAACACGUAUGCCGAAUCCGCGUGCUGGUACGCCGGUCAAAUCGCCAAAUUGACCGUUCCUUUGGCCUACAACUUCCUCACAUUCCUCCCAGAGCACAUCCAUCAAACAUCGACCUUCUAUAGCUUCCUAGGCCGUCUCAUCAACCUCACCCCCCUGGGUACUUGGUUCGAUUAUCUGUUCCCCAUGUUCAUUUUUAUCCCGGUCUGUGCCACGCUCUUCAAUCUCUACGGUAAGAUCAAAAAUAUUCUAGGGUUUGGAAUCCUGGAGGAGGACGAGGAAGACAAUCCCUCCGGCUUCGGCACGGGCGGAUGGCGCGAGGGUCGCGAUCUCAUCGCUCGGGACCUAGAAGGAAACCGAUCUUCCACGCUGGGACUGACUGAUUCUCCCCGUCCAUCUCUCGACGCGGGACGAGCAUCCCGCGCUGCAUCAACGAGAUGGGUUCCUCCAGCCGAACGAGCAGCGGGGACCCACACCCGAUCGACCCGCGGUGCAUUGGCCUCGCGCAGUUCGAGGCCUGGGACCCGUCCACCUUUGGAUCCGGAAUCCGAGGAGGAGAACUUCCUCACCCUCUUCGGCCGGAGAGUAAAAAACACCAUCGACACCAUCCAGACGCCCAAAUGGAUGCAGCCGUCACGGACGGACUCCGGCUCGUCCAGUCGAGGAGGCUUCAAACGCCCGAAAUGGAUGGGCGGCGGCGACACUGAUGACGCUUCUCUCUCAAAUUCACAGGGCAAUAAUAGUGGGGAUGGGAGUAACAGCGACAUUCUCGGCCGGUUUGGCGGCAGAUCCAACGAUGGGCGGAUUAUGAUAUAG